GGGCUCCCUGGGGAGGCGCUUGGCGCGGCGGCGGGCGCUCGGGGCCCGCCUCUGGGGAGGGGCGCUCGGGUUCCCUGCGCUGCCGAGCGGCGCCUACAGACGCAGCGGGCUGAGCGGACGGCGACCCAGGGCGGCUCCUCGCAGCGGGCAGGGGAGGGGACGGGUUCGCGGUUGGGCAGCUCCGCGCCCCUCCCUCGGCGGGCUGGGCCGGGCCGGGCCGGGCCAGGCCGCGGCUCGGCACCCGGAAGCGGGCGGCCGUUGGCGUGUGGCAGUGCGAGCGGGGCUGAGCGCAGCAUGCGAGGCGCCGCCGCCCAAGCCCUGCCCCACUGCCCGCCCGGAGCCAGCGCCCGAGGAGCAGUUGCCGGCGGCAGAGCAUGAGCGGGUCAGCGGCCCAGCAGCCCCCCGGCGCGGGGUCGGGGCAGGACCCCGCCGCGGCGGGGAAGGCUGCGGCCGGGGAACCGGUGCCGGAGCCUCCCCCGAUGCUGAGCGUCGACGUGUCGGGGCUGGUGUCGCAGUUCGCGCGGAGCUUCGCGCUGAUUUUCCCCGUGUACGUGCUGGGCUACCUGGGGCUGAGCUUCAGCUGGAUCCUCAUCGCCCUGCUCGGGCUCUUCUGCCUGCGCAGGCACCGCAUUGGCAAGAGCUCCCGCCUGGGCCGGGCCCUCGCCUUCCUGCAGGACGAGGAGCGGGUGGUGCGGCUCAGCGUCUCCUCGGCCGAGCUGCCGGCAUGGGUUCAUUUUCCAGAUACAGAAAGGGCAGAAUGGCUAAAUAAGACUGUAAAACACUUAUGGCCUUUUAUUUGCCAGUUUAUUGAGAAACUUUUCAGAGAAACGAUAGAACCCGCUGUGAGAGGAGCAAACAACCACCUUAGUACCUUCAGUUUCACAAAGAUUGAUAUAGGUCACCAGCCACUUCGGAUAAAUGGUGUAAAAGUGUACACUGAAAACGUAGAUAAAAGACAGAUCAUUUUGGAUCUUCAGAUCAGUUUUGUUGGCAAUUGUGAAAUUGAUUUGGAGAUCAAGAAAUUCUUCUGCAGAGCUGGUGUAAAAAGUAUACAGAUGCAUGGUACUAUGAGGGUUAUCCUGGAACCAUUGAUUGGAGACAUGCCCUUAAUUGGAGCACUAUCUAUUUUUUUCCUUAGGAAACCCCUUCUGGAAAUUAAUUGGACAGGACUGACCAAUCUUCUGGAUGUUCCAGGACUGAAUGGUUUAUCGGAUACCAUAAUGUUGGAUAUAAUAUCCAACUACUUGGUGCUUCCAAAUCGAAUCACAGUCCCUCUUGUGAGUGAAGUACAGAUUGCCCAAUUGCGGUUCCCUAUACCAAAGGGUGUUCUAAGGAUACACUUUAUUGAAGCUCAGGAUCUGGAAGGGAAAGAUACUUACCUAAAGGGAAUGGUCAAGGGAAAGUCAGAUCCUUAUGGAAUCAUUCGUGUUGGCAACCAAAUCUUCCAAAGCAAGGUCAUCAAAGAAAAUCUCAAUCCAAAGUGGAAUGAAGUGUAUGAGGCCUUAGUGUAUGAACAUCCUGGACAGGAGCUGGAGAUUGAGCUCUUUGAUGAAGAUCCAGACAAAGAUGACUUUCUGGGAAGUCUAAUGAUAGAUCUAACUGAAGUUGAGAAGGAACGCCUCCUAGAUGAGUGGUUCACUUUGGAUGAAGUCUCCAAAGGAAAAUUGCACUUAAAACUGGAAUGGCUCACAUUGAUGCCAACUGCUGAGAAUCUUGACAAGGUGCUGUCAAGCAUUAAAGCUGAUAAAGACCAAGCCAAUGAUGGGCUUUCUUCUGCAUUGCUUAUUCUCUAUUUGGAUUCAGCAAGAAAUCUGCCAAGUAUCUACGAGGGAAACUUUGGGUGUGGCUACUUAAAAGAGAGGAGAGCAUCGGGACUAGUCUUUUGUGAAAACACUACCUCACUCUAUAGAGCACUAUUUUCAGGAAAGAAGAUAAACAGCAACCCCAACCCUCUUGUCUUAUUGUCAGUUGGACACAAGGCACAGGAAAGUAAGAUUCGAUACAAGACCAAUGAACCCGUAUGGGAGGAACACUUCACUUUCUUCAUUCACAAUCCCAAACGGCAGGACCUUGAAGUUGAGGUCAAGGAUGAACAACAUCAGUGUUCUUUGGGAAAUUUCAAGCUUCCUCUGAGCCAACUGCUGGCAAGUGAAGAUCUAACUAUGCAUCAGCGGUUCCAGCUUAGCAAUUCUGGUCCAAACAGCACCAUAAACAUGAAGAUGGCACUCAGGGUACUGUCUCUUGAAAAGCCAGAGAGGUCUCCAGAUCACCAACACUCAGCCCAAGUAAAGAGGCCCUCUGUUUCCAAAGACUCAAGAAAAGCUUUUAAGCCUCAGGUCCCUGUUUCACCACCAGCUGAUUCACACAAACCUGUCCCAGCUUCCCCAGUGAUCGACAGUGAUAAAAAGACUGAUAUAGCUGAAAAAAAUCAUCCUCCUAAUGCCAGUCCCCAGUGGCCAACAGAUCUCAGCCGAAGCUCCUCCAGUCUCCUUGCCUCCAACGUCACCUAUUCUCCCAGCCACCUCUCAGUCAAAGAACCAACUCCAAGUAUAGCCUCAGACAUAUCGCUGCCCAUCGCCACACAGGAGCUACGUCAGAGACUGCGACAACUUGAAAAUGGAACAACUCUGGGACAGUCUCCAUUAGGCCAAAUUCAGUUGACAAUUCGUCAGAGCUCACAAAGAAACAAACUUAUUGUGGUGGUGCAUUCCUGCAGAAAUUUAAUCGCCUUUUCAGAGGAGGGAUCUGACCCGUAUGUCCGAAUGUAUUUAUUACCUGACAAGAGAAGAUCAGGAAGAAGAAAAACACAUGUAUCAAAGAAGACAUUAAACCCAGUGUUCGAUCAAACCUUUGAUUUCAGUGUUUCUCUACCUGACGUGCAGAGGAGGACGCUAGAUGUAGCAGUGAAGAACAGUGGUGGUUUCUUGUCCAAAGACAAAGGGCUGCUUGGCAAGUUAUUGAUACCUCUGGCAUCUGAAGAACUCACCAAAGGCUGGACCCAGUGGUAUGACUUAACAGAAGAUGGUACAAAGCCACAUGUAACCUAGGCGCCGUUAGACACCAGGAGUUCCCCCUAGCUUACUUUUGCCAACCUUUAUAUAUUUUAAAAGCAUUGUUCUCACAGAUGUAUCAAUAUUAUUUUUAUAGCUUCAUUUAUUUACUUAUUAGACACAUCCCAAUAGUUUUAUAACACUUGGACAUUAUAUGUAGAUUUAGCCAAUCUUAUUGUUAAACUUUGUAUUUUAAUUUGCUGAACUACUUUUCAUGUUACUGUAAUGUGCAAUGGUAUGGUAGAGUAACCUCUUGUGUUUAAAUUGAACUUUAUGGCAGUUGUACCUAUUAGAAAGUGAAAAGAUACUGUUCUGCUGUUUUCCUGCCUUGUUUUGUAUAUCACCGAGGUACACUGUACCAUGUAAAUAUAUACUAUUUUUUUUAUAAUUUUUCCAUCCUGGUUUGAAGUCCUAAGAAAACCGAUCAAGGAUAGAUAUUUUCUUCUAAAUGCAUGUUAAAUUCUUUGGACAAAUCUUGUUUUGCCCUUGCAGCAAAAUGGUCUUAAAAUGAUUAAUUUUGUGGAUUUUUUUUAAUUGAAAGACAUUAUUAAGAUUUGACAGUGCAUUUCUGGCCCUGUAAGGCUAGUAAAAGAAAAUGUACAAAACAUUAAUAUUUUAAUAUUUAUAUAGAAAUGUAUUAUUGGAAAGUCAUUCUAGAGAAUAUAAUAAAUGUGUUUUAGAGUUGAAAAUUCUAGAAACAUUAUAUGAAGAAAGGAUUGUCAUGGUCCAUGAAUCACAGCAUAUAAAUCUGGGGUUUCAUUUGGUGCAGGAAUGAAGACUUAUAAACAGUACAAUAUUUUAUUAUGCAGAUUGACUUAUUAUUUCUUAUUGGUGUAAUUUAUUCCCAUAAUUUAUAGCACCGUACCUAUGAUCUUCUGAAAGAAUGGUGAGGACAGUCACCUUCCAUAUUAGAAACCAGGUCUCCUAAAUAACCACUCAUGGACUGUCCUAACAAUUGCAUUGUCAUUUCAUGGACAGAUAAGGUAUAUGAAGCAUCUUAUAAUUCAGGCUCAUCAAAUAGACACAGUAGUCUUUUUAUUAUAUGGAAUAUGUAUAAUAUGAAAGUGGAGCACAAACUGGAAAAAAAAACACUAUGAAAUCCAGAGUUGACACUCUUUCCGUAAUUGCUUCAUUGCUGCCUAAUGUACCUGGUACAUGAGGCAAAAUGCACCCCCAAUACUACCAUGUGCCAGGUAGGUUCUUUUGAAACAUUGCUGUAUUCUUCUACCAGGACCCGCAACAAUGUAGAUAACACACACCAGCAAGAAAGUAGACAAUUGGGAGUUGAGGACACACCCCUACAACCUUCCUGCUGUGAAUCACAGGAAGACUGUUUUUGUAUCCAAUUUGUUUUCCUUUUUGAAAGCUUUCUCAGACUGUUAUAAAAUGUGCAUUAUGAACGCAAGAGACCAGUGCAGCUCUUUCAGAGCCAUUAGCCUCAUGAUCUUGGGUAAAUAUGCAAUCAGACAACAGAAGUGUAUUAUUUAGUUAAGAGUCUAGAAUUGAGUCUUAGCCAAGAAAAUUUUUUUAAGGCAGAAUAAACU